UCAAGCAGUCUCACUCUCCUCCUCUUCCACUCACCAUCCGUCUGACACCAUGUGGACCCAGGCUGGCGCUCUGCUCCUACUGCUCGCCUGCUGCCUUCGGUCAGCCCAGGCUCAGAGCAACAGCGGCAGGAGGCAAAGCAUCUGGGAUGAACCCAUCAAAUUCAACACCAAAGGAAAGGACUUGUGCACCAUGAUCAUCACCGGUCAAGGGGAAUUCACCAGGCUGAGGCUGUCGUGCCAGGGCAGCAAGCGCUCCUACUGGUGUGAAUAUGUGGGCAAGCCUUACACCUGUCGCGCCUACAACAAAAACCCUCGUCACUACUUUGUCCAGAUGAUGUGGGGCCUCAGAAAACUCCACAAUGCCUGCCAGGGGCCAAGGCAGAUCCAACCUCACAUGUGCAGGAAGGCAACUGAUGACUCUCAAAUGGUCUUCACAUCUGCUUCCUCCUCCCGGUCAUGGCCAGAUGCUUCUUCUAGGAUGGGACCAGCCGCCUCAAGACCUCAACCUCGUCCGGCUGCGCCCACAAGGCCCGCUUCCACAAAACCCAUUCGAGUCCCACCAAGGGUAAAGACCACGCAGAGAACCAGUCCACAGCCAACGACACUGCCUGUGGAGAGCAAUGCUAAGAGGAUGGCUCGGCAGUACUGCUGGAGGUCACUUCAAGGCAUCUGCUCCUACUUCAUUGGUUUGGUUCGGAAAUAACGAGGAAGAUUUACAAUCAUGAUGAAGAUAACUUCUGAUGUCUGAUUAAAGUGACCCCCGGAGGGAAAUUCCAUCCAGACCAGAAGUUUGGUUGUCCGCAGUGGAAGAACUGUAGCGCCCUCUUCUGGGGAAGGGAUGGUACUGCUGGGGUAUCGAAAGCAGGAUUUUUCAGUGAACCUUUCAUGCUUCAUCUUCCAAACGUCACAGCUGGAAAAACUCUACUACCUGUCUUUAGUGUGUAAAAACAAAUGUUAUUAAAAGGUACAAGUACUACUUUAACUUGUGAAAAGGUUUCUGCAGCUGCACAGACCUUUACAACAAUAUAUGGGCCCAGGACAAGAGAGGCAAGCAACUUAUUGGUGUCAUUUGUAUUUAUGUUUGUGUACUUGUAUAUAAUCUACUUGCAUCACUUAAUAUUAGCUUGAAUAUUACAUAGUUGGGAAAGACCAAGGUUUUUUAUUUUGGUCUGAAGAAAGCAGUGAUUUCUGUACUGGUGUAUUAGACAGAAAGAUAUAAUGAAUGUGAAAAUGAUUGUAUUAAAUAAAUAAACAUUCUCAAUGA